CAUCAUUCUACAUGCUCUCCCUCACCGUCCUCCUUCUCGCCUCGGCCGCUCUCGCCCAUCCGGGACACGACCACGCAGCCGAGGCCGUCGAGCGCGCAGCGGCCCUUGCUUCCAUGGGCCGACGGUCCCUCGCGCACUGCGCCUCUCAUAUUGCCGCGCGUGGCCUCGCCUCGCGCAACGCUGCACGCCGUGCCGCUCUUGUUCAGGCUCUGUCGAAGCGCGACGCCGCCACCGUCCUCGCCACCAACCACAGGUCGAAUCUGACCGGCGUCACCGCCGAUACUGACGCCGACACUCUGUUUUCGGGGAGUAACGCCUGCAUCCUGGGCCCCGAGACCACCGAGGGACCGUACUACGUUACCGGGGAAUACCUUCGUGACAACGUCACGGACGGCCAGGCCGGUGUCCCGCUCACCGUCGACAUCCAGAUCAUCGACACCAACACUUGCCAGCCUCUUCCUAAUGUCGCUCUCGACUUCUGGCACUGCAACUCAACCGGCGUGUACUCUGGCGUCGUCGCUAAUGGCAACGGCAACUUCGCCGACAAGGCCAACAUCAACGCCACCUUCCUCCGCGGCAUCCAGGCUACCGACUCUGACGGCGUCGUCCAGUUCCACACCAUCUUCCCGGGGCACUACACCGGCCGCGCAACUCAUAUCCACAUCCUUGCUCACACUGAGGGGCAUUGGACCAGACUCGAUAACAACACCAUCACGGGCGGCACCACCUCCGCACACGUCGGUCAGCUGUUCAUGGAUCAGGACCUCAUUUCGCAGGUUGAGGCUGAGGCGCCAUACAAUACCAAUACCCAGACCCUCACAGAGAACAACGUCGACUUCAUUCUAAGCCAGGAGGCAACCAACAUCGACCCCUUCCUCGAAUAUGUUCUCCUUGGCAACAGCAUCCAGGACGGCAUCGUAGCGUGGAUCGCCAUGGGUAUCAACGCGAGCGCGACCAACACUGUCCAGGCCGCCGCAACUUACGGCCCUGAGGGCGGCGUCGCCAACGCCAACAGCAUGGGUGGUGGGCCCGGCGGCGGCGCUCCUCCCAAUGGCACCUCCACCGUGAACGGCACUGCUGCCGCCAGCAGCGUCGCGGCCACGGGAACCUCAGACGCACUUCCCAUCUGGUCCAUGUCUAUUCCCCUUGCGAUCAUGGCCGCGGCGCUUCGCUUCGCGCGAAUGUAGGCGGUGCCGUCCAAGGAGGCCUGGCCGCGCCUCGGCAUGUUGGUCCAAUAAUGUUUAUAGAACCCAGAUGAGUGACAACCACCGUGUACACUGUUUCCAACACCCAUAGAUGCAAUG